AUGUCAGACCUCUACAUCAAGGCCACAGCUGCCGCGUCGUUUAUUUGUGACCAAACGCCUCUCCGGCCGGAGACGGCAAUCAUUUGUGGCACGGGGCUGGCCAACCUAGUCGACUCGCUGAACCCUGGUGCGAUUCGCCUGCAGUAUCAUGAGAUCCCCCACUUUAAGCUCCCCACCGUCCAGGGACAUGCCGGAGAGAUCAUAAUUGGUACAAUCGGGCCCGAGCAGACCCCUGUAAUUUGUGUGAAUGGCCGCCUGCAUACUUACGAAGGCCAUGAUAUCAAGGAUACGGUGUUCAGCGUCCGAGUGUUUGCGUUGAUGGGGGUUCGAAACCUUAUCGUCACCAAUGCAAGUGGGUACCUGAACCCUAAAUUCGAGACUGGCGACCUCAUGAUCAUCUCAGACCACCUCAAUUUGCCGGGCCUGGGCGGCCUGCACCCGCUCAAGGGCCCCAAUGAGGACGGCUUCGGAGUUCGCUUCCCCCCUAUGGGCGAUGCGUACUCACACGAGCUCCGCCACAAGCUGUGGCAGGUGUCAAGAGAGAUCAGUCUGCAGCGGAAGCUCCGUGAAGGAGUCUAUGUCUACGUUUCUGGUCCCAGUUUCGAGACCCCCGCUGAAUGCCGUAUGCUGCGGGCCAUGGGGGGUGAUGCUGUGGGCAUGAGCACCGUCCCAGAGGUCGUCACUGCUGUUCACUCGGGCAUGCAGGUUUUGGGCGUGAGCGUGUUGACCAACAUUGCGUCUACUGUGCCUCCAGCGCCUAUGGAGCAUGUCCACAGCUCCCAACUCGACUUCCAUGGCCACGAAGACGUGUUGGAGGAGGGCCGGCGGGCUUCUGAAGACCUUGAGCUUUUGAUCACGAACCUCGUGCCCCAUAUUUGA